AUGUACAAAGGCAGGAGAAACCGCAACUUCAGAUACAUCAACAUGGCGGGCGAGCCGAAGCCGUACCGACCAAAGCUGGCCUCAAAAAGACCUUUGUCCUCUCUCUACAGUGGAUACGAGUUUGACUACGAUUACUACAGGGAUGACUUCUAUACAAGACUGUUUGAGUACCAUGGUCGGGUGGUGCCUCCCUCCAGAGCUGUGAUCCCCAUCAAACGGUCUCGAGUGGUAGUCCCGUCGCGCAGACCCAAGUCCACGUUUUCCCUCAGAUCCUGCUCCUCCACUUCCUCCUCUUGCUCCUCCUCUCGACAGUUCAACAACAUCUCUACCAACGGAAACAGGCUGAAGUCCGAUCAACUGGUCACAAUAAAGAAGGAGCUCUCUCAAAUCAAAACCAGGGUGGACUCUCUGCUGGGCCGACUGGAGAGGAUCGAGAGGCAGCAGCGCUCUGAAGCCGAGAUGAUGCAGAGGAAGCAGGACGAGGUGUGCGAGCGUCUCCAUGGCGAUAUAGAGAAGGGGGAGGAGGCUCAGGGGGACAUGACGGACGGAGCAGAGGAAGACUACGAUGAUGAAGACGGCAACAGAGACAUGAUUGAAAACCACAUAUCAGACAUCGACAACUGA